CUCUUCAUCCCGCUGUAUUUUAUCUGCCUGCUUUUAUUCGUUGCUUCUUGCGCCACCGCGCCGCUUCCUCUCCUCGCCGCCCCACCUCUCUUUCUAGGGUUCGGUUCCUCCGUAAAUCCCCGCCUCACAUUCGUCGCCGGAAACGUAGCCGGAUGGAAGGACGCGGGUUCUGGCAGUACAUGGUAGCCGGGUCCGUCGCGGGCAUGGCGGAGCACAUGGCGAUGUUCCCUGUCGACACCCUCAAGACCCGGAUGCAGACAGUGGCCGUGUCUUCCACUUCCUCGUGUUGCCCUCGUGGACAGUCUAACGUCGGCAGUUUGCUCGCCUCCAUCGUCCGCUCCGAGGGCCCUUCCGGCCUCUACCGUGGCAUCGCCGCCAUUGGCCUCGGCGCCGGCCCCGCCCACGCCGCCUACUUUGCUGUCUAUGAAAUCUGCAAAGGCCGCCUCGGUGGCGAUCGCCAUGAUGGCUAUCACCAUCCUCUCAUUCAUGCCGCCUCCGGGGUGGCCGCCACCGUCGCCAGCGACACCGUAUUCACGCCUAUGGACGUUGUCAAGCAGCGCCUUCAGCUACGCUCGAGCCCCUACAGCGGAGUGAGGGAUUGCAUAGUUAGGAUGCUGAGGGACGAAGGGAUCAAGUCGUUCUAUGCCUCGUAUCGGACAACUGUCCUUAUGAACGCGCCAUUCACCGCUGUUCACUUCAGCACAUAUGAGGCAGUGAAAAAAAUUCUCUUUGAGAUCUCGCCGGAGAAUUCGAGUGAAGAAAGGCUUGUGGUUCAUUUGACAGCAGGUGGCUCGGCAGGUGCUCUUGCUAGCGCUUUGACCACUCCGCUAGAUGUGGUCAAGACAAGGCUGCAAUGCCAGGGUGUAUGUGGCGCGGAUAAGUUUGGUAGUAGUUCAGUCCACAUGGUCAUGAAGAAAAUAGUCGCAAAGGAAGGGCCUAGAGCCCUGUUGCAAGGUUUGAAACCCAGGGUGCUAUUUCAUACCCCGGCUGCUGCAAUAUGCUGGUCCACAUACGAGGCUGUGAAAAGUUUCCUUCAGAAGAACACUCACGAGAGCUCUUCAUAGUGACUUCGCUGCAGAAGCGCUCGCCGCCGAUCAAAUGUUCGAACACUAAUUUUGCCACCUAGAGAAAUAGCUGCCCUGGAAGAACUAUCAUACAUAUUUAUUUCACACCAUAGUUUUGAUCCUCGGAAAAGGAAGAGAAUUGUGUCCAUAUCUGGAUACGAGAGUGAGCAAGAUUUCUGAAUUAGGUGGCAUUGUUUUUAUGUUUGUUAUGAGAACGAUGCUCAUGCACAAUUCUUAAUACCCCAAAACACGUAGAUAGAACUGAUGAGAUUUUAUUUUGCAUUUGAGAGAAUUCAUGUGAGUUUUAGGAAGCUCAUGUUUGAUUAAAUAUCUUCAUGAUAACUGGCAGGUUUUGGAUUCUAUGUACUAUAUUCAUUUAGAUGAUUUAUAUCUUUAAUAUGAGUUGAAUAUUGAAUA